AUGGCCGGAGCACUGACAUCCAAACCCUUCUUGGGAAGGGUCAUUAGUAUCACUGGCGCCGGUAGCGGAAUUUCGCAAAGCACAGCACAGAUAUUAUAUGCUCGUGGAGCGACGUUGGCUAUUUCUGAUAUCAACCCCACAGGCUUGGCUGAGACAGAAGGUCUGCUGAAGGAAAUACCGGCGGAACCAGGUCAGCAGUUCUGGGCGACGAUCGUGGACGUCUCCCAGGAAGACACAGUAUCGCAGUGGAUAGAAGAGGUUGUCUCCAAAUUCGGUCGACUCGAUCAUGCGGCAAAUAUCUGUGGAGCAACACAUCCAAUCAAGCCAUUGACAGAUUCAACCAAGGAAGACUUUGACUUUGUGGUUAAUGUUAAUUUUAGAGGAACUUGGAACUGUAUGAAGGCUCAAGUGAAGCAUCUUGGGCGGGGAUCUAGUAUCGUCAACUUCACGUCGGGCUCGGGUCUUAGAGCCGAGCCCGGCCUGGGGCUAUAUUCAGCUGCUAAGGGAGGUGUGCAGACUCUAACGAGCGCGGGAGCGGUUGAAUGGGGUGAAAAGGGAAUUCGAGUCAACGCCAUUGCCCCAGGUGUGGUAAGGACUACCACCUUGAAGUCGCUCCCCAGUUCCUUUUUUACACCAAUUGAGCAAGCCACACCUCUAGGUCGAGUGGGAGAACCUGAAGACAUUGCCAAAGCCGUAGCCUUUCUUUUGAGCGAAGAAGGCGGUUGGGUAAAUGGGGUGGUACUCAGGGUGGAUGGAGGAUAUCUCCAUACAAGUCACUAG